AAGAUCACGGCUGGGGUGUGGAUUGCGAUCACACCGGAUCUCGAGCUGGUUCGACACAACCUUCUCGAGCAGCGCCACAUAGUUUUGGAUAGGAAUUCCAUGUUUCCAGCAGCCCAGCGUGCUCAGACUUACGGGUUUGAUCCAGUGCCUCGGGCUGAGCUCCUCGCCCUCAGGCGCCAGGCCGCUGUGCAGGCCGCCAUUCUGGGCGACGACGAUCAGGACAUGGAGAUCGAGAAUAAUGCCUGGGUGAUCGCGGAGACAGAUCACCUCAGGUUCGCCCAAGUCCUGUCCGACCCGGAGGUUCAGCAGGCCACCCUUGGCCAGUCCAAGGGCGUCGCCUUGGUCAACAGUAUGGAGGUUUCUGUUGCGCGGAUCCAGACGAAUCAGUUGGAGGCUUGGAAGGCUUCUCGUAAGUCUGGUACAGGAGAUCUGCGAGUUUUGGGAGAUCAUCGUGGUGCUUCGGGACGUCGUCACCUCGCGUUGAGUGAGGCAGUCUCUUUGAUGCGCGAGACGACGUUCGACGGUUGGAUCAUGCUAGGGCCAAGAGUUGCCAAGGAGUGGCUCACGUCAGUUAGGAACGGCCCUGGCGACCUGACUUCUCAUCAUGGGCAGUGGGUACGGCUCUCGGGAAUCAGUGAGUUCUCAGCGGUGGCCCACAUACAUUACGUUUUGUGUGAAGCAGUCCGCCUAACCAUCCAGACUGACCAGCUCGACGUCACGCAUCUUGUGAGUUGUGAGUUGAUCAUGCGGAGAAUUUGCCAAGACGAGACCGCCGUGUCUCGUAAUCCGAGACACCCAGACUACGGAGGUCUGGACAUCGUGCUGCACGCCCCGACGACCGAGCAGGGCCAGGCCAGCACCAACAACUUCACGGGGUGGGUGACGAGCCGCCUCAAGGAUCUGGCCGCCAUUUUCAAGCAGACCCGCCUCUGGAACGAGGAGCAGCGCGCCCUGCAGGAAUGGGUCUUGGGCAGCAUCGUGGAGCGCGUCGACGCAGUGUGGCCUCCCCCUCCAGGCCUCGCGGCCGAGGGGGCCGCACGUGAGCUGCUGGCCACCAAGGACCGGUACAGUCAGGAGCCGAAGCACCUCGCACCGUUCGACCUGACGAAGCUCAAGGUGUUGUACGAGCUGGGACUCAUCGCCUUCAGGCGCCGUCCGCGGGCUCGAGCAGCCGUCUUUUUUGUGAAGAAGAAGAAACCAGGCGAGAACAGGAUGAUCGUGGACGCCAGGCAGGCCAACGCUUGCCACCGCGCGCCUCCGACCGCCCGACUUGGGUCGGCAGGCGCCCUCGCAGACCUCGACUUCUCUGCUGGGGGCGGCUCCUUCGACGGCGCCGGUGGCGUUGUCGGCUGGGGCCCCCACGGGGGCGAGGCUGACGUGGAGGACUGUUUUUACAGCUUUGCGAUCGACGGCCUGUCGGAGUGGUUCGGCUUCGACGACCCGCUGCCGGUCACCACGAUUCGGGGCACCUCCGGCAUCGCAGUGGGCGCCUUCUGGGACCCGGACUUGAAUAAGAUGGUCCACGCGGACGAUGGCGUUGUCCUCUACCCCAGCAUGCGGGCAUUGUGCAUGGGCUGGUCGUGGGCUUUGUUUUUUGCCCAAGAGGCGGUCUCUUCGAUGACGUGUCGGGCUCUCCAGCCUCGCUCCUCGGCCGAGCCGGCCACGGUGAAGGAGCGGCGCCCUGCGCCCGACCUCAGCGAGUCCAGCGUGCUGGGAGGCGUCUACGUCGACAACAUCACAGUCGCGGGCAGGACGGCGACCCUGGCUCGCGAGCACGGGCGCCUCCGCAACAAGGCUUCUCGCAUCUGGAGGUUUGACUUGGCCACUCGGGCCCCGCUAGCACGAGGCAAGAUGCGUGGCGAGCAUAUGGAGGUCUGGUUGGGACACGCGAUCUCUUUGUUGAUGCUCGCCCGGCCAGGCUACGCCGCGCUGCCCUCCGCCUGCCGGUUCGCGGAGUCGGCCCGGGGCAGGCGCGCAGCUUUGCCCCGGGAGGUCAAGCAGGAGCUGCGCAUCGUGGUGGGCCUUGUGUGGCUGACGGAGAUAGACCUGGCGGCGCCCUACGCGCCGCGCGUGCACGCCAGCGACUCCUCCGACCUCGGGCACGGGCUCAUGUACAAGAGGGCCCGCGCCGAGGAGCUCCGCGCGGACUUCCGGUGGAAGGAGAAGGUGAGCUUCGGACAGCAUCUUCGAGGUCCUCGCGUCGGCCUGGUCUCUCCCUCGGAUGUCGCUGACAUGGGGGGCUACGGCGCGACGGACCUCCGUUGCGAGCCUCAGGAUGCAGGCGCGAGCGGCGGCGAGGCCGGGCUCCGAUGGCCAGCCUCCUCGCCCUACAGCGGCGCUGGCCCGGCGACCGCCCUCGGCCAGUGGAUGCAGGCCAAGGUGGAGGACGGCGCCGUCAGCUGGUGGGCCCUCUGGCGCCGCCGCUUCCGGUCUCGUGGUUCGACCCUGAGGGUUCUACGCUGGUUCCCAUCGAAGCGCCGGCGCUGGCCGGGCGAGCACAUCAAUGUGAAGGGCGUUCUGGGGCUGUUCUCGGGGGAGGGCGGGCUCUCGGAGGCUUUCGAGGAGCUCAACCUGAGGACGUUCCCUUGCAUGGACAUCAAAGAUGGUCCCACUAUGACCUUGGAUCCCGCGCGCCUGCGGGCGCUCGAGGCAGUCCUGAGGCCCCAGACGACGGUGACCUGCAAGCUCGGCUGCGCGAUGCUGUGCGACGGCCAGCUUCACGCGCCCGCGGCCGCCUCCGACCAGCUCGGCGACGGCUUCAGGCACGGCCACCUCCGGCCGUGCAUCAUCUUCGCCCAGGACUCCAACCUCGAGGCAGCCCGGAAGCAAGCGGCCCGCGCCCUCAGAGCUGCUGUUCGAGACUUCUUCGACUGGGCCACGCGCGCAGAGGAUCUCAAGUGGGCCCCCGAAUCGAAGAUUGACCAAUUGAUGUGCAAGUAUUUUGACGACCUCAUGAGCGACGCCCGACAUCCUGCUGAGGGGCGAUACGCGUUAUCGGGUUUCCUGGCCUUCUUCCCUCGGGCCGAUGUUGCCAAGUCCGACCGGCUCAGCGGCCACGUGGACGCUGCGGUCGCCCUUGCCAUCCAGCUGGACGCCUACCUGAGACCCUCCGAGAUCUGCGAGUUGCGCUGGUGUUCAGUGGUUCGACCGUCUGCACUCUCUUCAAGACUCGUUCGUGCAAGAUGGGUCGUGGUCAUCGGGAACUCCGACCUCGGCGAGACCGCGAAGACCGGCGAGAGCGACGACACGGUCGUGCUCAAUUUGCCAG